AUGUUGACGAAUAAGGAAAGUGUAUAUACAAUUUGCGGUGCUUUAAUGCUCAGUGUUUUAGUGGCAACAUGUGUGGCCAAGCCAGCGAAUGAGCCAAAAUUAAACCAAAGGGAGAUUGACUUUGAUAAAAUUAAAGAAAAUCUGAUAACAGAUGACAAUAGCGAAUAUCUCAAAUCAUAUGCUGCCAAGAUGUUGAGCUAUAUGAAUCUCACUGUGUCGCCAUGCGAUAAUUUUUAUGAAUAUGCAUGUGGCAAUUGGAAGCUGGUAAAACCGGAAAGACAAUCUGCAUCCAAACGUAGUAAUCAUGGUGAGAUUUGGUAUACCCUGAUCGAUAAGACGGAGCAGCUGCUGUUAUCUAACUCGACGCUGGCAGAGGAUCUAGGCUACGCCAAAGAAAUGAGAAUUGCACAACAGUUCUAUAACGCAUGUCUCAGUGCUGAGCUCGUUCCGAUGCCAGCAGCUGAUCCCGCUUAUCUCGCCCUUAUCAGGUCGAUUGGUGGAUUUCCUGCUGUGGACGGCGAUGCGUGGCAUGCUUCGAAUUUUAGUUGGUUUAACAUGAGCUGCCACUUGACUAACUACGGUGCACAUGGACUGAUCAAAGAAAGAAUUCUGCAAUUUCAUCCAUUUAGGCCAUACUUUGAGCUGCCAGAGCUGGGAUUUGAUUAUAUCUUGCAUAGUGACACCAUUGCCACCAACGUCACCAAAGGAUAUAAAAUGAACGAGAAGCGUAUGCGGGGUUAUCUUAAGACAUAUGGACUAUCCGAUGAAAAGGUCGCCGACGUAAUUGACGGAGUGUUUGCGUUCUUGCGGGAAGCUCUUGAGAUCGCCGAUCGAUUUGAUGAGGAUAAAACAAAAUGCAUUGCUUUGUCCUCUAAUGAGGAGCCCUUCCCCUUAUGGAACAACUACUAUGAUAUUGCGUGGGCCGGUCCCAUUUUCAAUGAAGUAAUUGAUCCCUUCUGCGACUUCUACUACCAUGAGUUGGAUAAGGUGUGUGCCAAACACAAGCCGGGAGUUGCCAAUUAUCUGGCCAUGAAGCUUCUUUAUUCCAUGGACUUUAAACUGGAGACCUCCAAGUUCCAGCGCGAUAGUUGUAUGCUCAAUUUACUAGCCUCGGUGCCUUAUAUCUUAAACAAGUUUUACUUAUUGAAACACUUUACGGACAAAACCAAUACGGAAAUUGCGAAUAUAAUCGUGGAGUUGCGGAAGAGUUUGGUAUAUCUUUUAAAAAAUGCCAAUUGGAUAGACGAGGAUACUCGUAGGAACACGCUACUCUUAGAAUCUGAGAUCUUACCGCGAAUUGGGGCAUAUAUAGAUGACAAUCUCACUGAGAACAUUAUACGCAAGAUGAACAAUCUAACUUUCGUCCCAGGCAGUUACGCCAUUAACAACAUCAACUUAAGGAAAUUCCGUAUAUACAUGAAACGUUACCAUGGAUUCCAUCACAAAGAGCUGUCCAGUGAAACGAAACCGUCGGAAUUACUGUUAGGAAUAGUCCCAAACUCAUAUUAUGUUUAUUGGGAAAAUUCAAUCAAUAUCAUGGCGGGAGUACUGCAUCCACCAAUGUACCAUGAGGCAUGGCCCAAUUCGCUUAAGUUCGGCACCAUCGGUUACGUCGUGGGUCAUGAGUUGGCACACGGAUUUGAAGUCAACACUGAUCGCUUCAAUUGCUACGUAAAUCAUUUCAAUAACAUUCUAAUACCAGAGAUCAAUCGCACGAUCAACGGCUAUAAGACCCAGAAUGAGAAUAUUGCAGAUAGUGUUGGAUUACGUAUGGCGAUGGGUGCAUAUCGAAGCCACAUGAAGCAGCUGAUCAGCGAAAAUAACUCCUCAAAUGUGUUAAAAAACGAACAGAUGCCCGGUCUGGAUUUAUCACCAGAGCAGUUGUUCUACGUGGGCUUUGCACAGGUCCUUUGUGCCGACUACAAGGAGGAAACCUACUGGGAGGAAUGGACUGAUGAUCACGUCAUGGAAAAGUACCGAGUCCUUGGCACUGUCACUAACGACGAGUAUUUUGCACAGUCCUUCAACUGCCCGUCUGGCAGUCCAAUGAAUCCGAAUUCUAAAAAAUGUCGGAUCUGGUAG